GAGGAAGGACGUCCCGCUGAACCCACUGGCUGGGCUUCCUUCUGAGUAAAGACAAAGAGGAGACCACCAGCGCUGGUGCAGGGAUUGGGUUGUUUGUCCACGUGCAAGAGGACCACAUUCCGGAUGUCCCUCUGUGUAUGUGUGUGAUCCUAUUGCUCUACCGGUUGUUGUGAGCCGCCUCGGGUCCUGUCUUAGUAGAAAGGUGGCAUAAAAAUUAAUAAAUCAGCGAACUGCACAAUGGAUGGUGGAUUCAGGAGGGAGAGUUGCGGAUCAGGGCCAGGCCAGCUGAGUUACAUUUCUCACCAGGGGUGGGUGGAGAGAGUUGACUUGGUGCUUAUAAAGGGUGGAGGAGGCAGGUGGGCCAACCCGCAAGGACACGGUGGGGCUACUGAGAGGGGAGGGGGGUCAGGAGACUAGAGGCAUCCUCCACCACCACCACUCGGGGCAAGGCAGAGCCAUGGGGAGGGCCCAGGCAGGUGUCGUGCUGUUUCUUCUUCUGUGGGGUCCGGGAGACCCCGGGGCUGGAGGAGAGAUGUGCCGCUCUUGGAUGUUUGGGAUCAAGACCCGGUACGGGCCCUUCCGCUGUCCCGGGAAGAAGGACCCAGCUUUCUCCAAGUACUGCUGCGGGACCUGCCUCCAGCCCUACUGCUGCCCCUGGCAGGACCACCGGCUCAACCAGACGGCCUGCUUGACCAGCGGAGACCUUGAGGGCCUCUCCUUCGAAGACCUGGCGGCCAUCCCGACCGUCAGCCCUGUGUUGACGACCAGCCCCCCAGCCUUGACCACCACGGCCGUCCGAGCUACCACCCUGGCGGUGCUUGUCGAGAAAGCACAUCGGCAAUAUAUCUGGGUCAUCCUUUUCGUCUUGUGUCUGGCAUCCUCUAUCAUUGUCGCAUACUGGCUUAUCAGGCGUUGUUUGAAUCGAAGGUUCAUUGCUGAGUGGCUGAGACGCCCAGCUGAAGACCCGCCAUCGCUGGAACUGGCCCAGGUUCCUCCACAACCAGAAGCCAAUGAGAAAUCUCCUCCAAGACCUGCCACCAUUGAGGUCCCUCAUGGGCCUAAGACUGCUGUAGACACUGAAGCACGAUCUCCAGGUGUUGAGGAUCUCCAGGGAAGCUGUGAGGUGCUUCCUUGUUUGGACAAACCCCUCAGUGGGCAACCUAGCCACCCACCCUCUGGAAGCCCUAAGAGAGAAGAGGAUUAUCUUGUCUUCAGCACCUCUCCAAAUAAUGCUGAGGGUCCAGUCCUGGAGCUAACCAUGGGAGCUGAAUCGGCAAUCUAAUAAGUAACCAGAGAUUCUCCCUUGAAGGAGAACUGCUGGACAACAGCCCAGUGGGCUCUAUAGCCACAGAUUUUUAGGAUCUGAACUUUUAAUUAGGAUUGGUUGACUGUUUGAUUUUCACUUCUUUUUAGACCUUACUUUAGAUUUCAUUUAUUUGCAGACAAUACACUGGUGUGGCAACAUCAGCACUGAGGUGUCCACCCUACACGUCCCUAUCAGCACAUAGGAAGAAAAUAGGUAAUCUCCCCACCUCACCCCACAAGUUUUUCCUCUCCAGUGUGGAUUUGUGUACUGAACAAAGUAAACAGCACAACAUCUAUGGAUUUCAAGUUCUCCUGAUACUUGCACACCCCAUCUUUAGCUGCCAGUGUAGGACAUGUUUGGUCUUGAAAUAUGAAUGCAUAAUUAAGACAGCCUGCCUUCAAACCUGACCACUCAGGGAUGUUCUAUUCUAGAAAUAAGGAAUAUGGCCUACAUGGCAUCAUUGCAGCUGUCUGAAACCACACAGCAUGCAUGGCUUCAUCCUGCAGAACCCUGAGGCUUGUAGUUGGUGACUUGGAAUUCUUUACUGUACAUCAGGAGAAUGCGCUAUAGCGCUGUAGUGCUAUAGCACAGACCAAAUCCAUCACCAAACUAUACAUUCCAGAAUUUUGUAGGAGGAAGGCAUGGACAUCAAAAUGGCAGCAACCUUACUACGAGUGUUUUGUGUGCGUACCCUCUGAGUUGUGUAGCUUAAAGGGAAAGGGGUAUGUUUGUACAUAGGAUGACUUCUGUGAAGGCCAAGCUGUUUGCCAGAGGAAAAAAUGACACGGAUAUCACAAUGUUGUCCAAAGCUAGCAGAGUGACGACCACUGACCAGUCAUAGCAUGUAGGCUGUCUUUUUUUAGCAGACAUCUUAAUGCCAUACAAACAACAAAACAAUCAUGAGCUGCCCUGUGAAACAAUUAAGCAGUGAACUCCUUCUUAACUUUUAUUCUUGGGUGGUGGGAAUAUUCUUCACGUGGUUUCACUUUUGAAUAAAUGUGUUUUGUAACUUAAUGUUGACAAAUGGCUGAAGCACAUCUCUGCAUGCUAUGGGGGGACCCUGCUCGGGGGACUUACCCCAAGGUUUCAAAAACCUGAAUAUUCAUUCUAUGACUGCUCUGGGGUAUAAAUAAAAAGCAGCCACGCGAGACCCCCAAAUCUAAAUGUUUCUGCAAUGCAACAGCUGUUUUCUAAAAAUCCAGAUUUUAAUCAAAAUGUAUGUAUUGAGUCCAUCAAAUCGUCAAUAAAAGUUUUGUGUAUGUGGCUUAUUUUA